AUUCUUCUUCCGGUAGUUCCUUUUCCCAAUUUGUUUCAUAGAGCAAACAUACCAAAAUGUCUGCAUCAUUUAAUUGGAUGAUUGUUAGGAACAAUUCUUCUUUUCUCAUGAAGAGAGGACCUCACCAGUUCAGCAGAGAGGCUGGUAAUUUAAAAGGCAAAAAUACUUUCAGAUUUAAUGGUUUGAUUCGAGAUAGAACUAUUGCUAUUCAACCAGCUAAGACUGGGAAAGGCAUCACAGUUACAACCAGGCAUUUAAAAAGAAAUGGUCAAAAACGACCCAACAAGAGAACCUUCAAUACUAAUAUUAACAAAGAUGGUCGACACACAUUAAAAGGUGUAUCUAAUAUCAUGAAAAGUGGUAAAUUUGAUGGAAAAACCCAUAUGGCUGCCCUAAGAAAGACAUCAGCUAUUCUUAGAAGUCAAAAACCAGUUGUUGUUAAACAGAGAACAAGAGCAAAGAAAAACUAAAAAGUUAAAUUAAAAUUCUGAAAAAUUU